AUGAGAGCGAGAGCACCUGUUCCCUUGGAGAGAGCGAGAUUUGCUGAGGAGAAAAAUUCUUCAGCUGGUGUGGAGGAAGUGACAGCUGAUACGGAGAAUCAAAAAGUGAUAAUAAAAGGAAAAGACCUAAAUCCAAAGAAAAUAUUGGAAGGAAUUAGGAAAAAAUACUCCAAAAAUGUGGAGCUUAUUUCUCCUAAGGAGCUGCCUGAUACCCCCAACCAAAACAAACCUGAACCUAAAAAGGAAGAGGCUCAGAUAAAAACUGUUGAGCUAAAAAUGAAUAUGCAUUGUGAAGACUGUGCAAAAGAUAUCAAGAAAACCAUUGGAAAAAUGGAAGGUGUAAUGACGGUAGAAACAAAUAAAGAGAGUUCAAAAGUGAUAGUGAAGGGAACAGUGGAUGCUCCAAAGCUAGUGAAAUAUAUUAAAAAGAAAAUGGGGAAAAAUGUAGAGUUUUUCGACAAGAAACAAGAGAAACAAAGCCAACCUAAAGAAUCAGAAAGCAAACCAGCUAAUAAUAAGAAAGAUUCAAAUCAAGACAAGGAAAAUGUUAUAUCUAAAUAUCCUCCUCAAUACUCUUUAGUUCACAUUUACCUUGAUCAAACUUUUAGUGAUGAUAAUGUAUUUUCUUGUUCUAUUAUGUAA